AUGGUCCCAAGAGACGUCAAGGGCGUUGAGAACGUGAGCCUUGAUUGGCAUCAGUUUGCAAGUCCUUCAGGAAUUUUGGAAGGCUUUGAAGCAGCAGUCACUUUCGUGAGUUUGAAACCAUUGGUGCUGUUGGAUUGUCAUGGUGGAGUAUUAGGAAUACCUUUUGAGGAGUUGACUUUCCGGCCAUUUUCUACUCGGCCACGAAAUCCCGAAAUCGGCAACCCUUCAGUGUCCGCGAAGCGGCAACUGACUUAG